AGACGCUAAAGAAAAAGACGGAGAAGAAGAACGUGUACCAUUAGUUAGCAUAAACAGUUAGCAUAGCUGUGUGGUGAUAUCUUGAAAAGAUCUAGCAACCCAGCAAGACAAAUUCAUCAAGGAACAUUAUAUACUUGCGACCGCACCAAACCCCACUUUAGGUGUUUUUUUUUUAAGGUCCCUCUUCAUCUUGUACAGUGACACUGUAUAACUACUGGCAGUCUGGUGAUCCAAGAAAAUAAUGUGCUGCAGCUGAAGAUGGGGGGUAGCGGCUCCAAAUCCAAAGGAUUUUGGCCUUUUUCAGGCUCGGUUGGUGCAGACGAUCCAAUCCAAGAUGGAAACGAGCAGUCAAUGGCAAGAGCUCGGAGUUUCACAGGCGCAACACCUUUUGUGUUAACUAGACGAAGCUCUCUGUACUUGGAUGAAGAUGGCGACAUGGCCCAUGAGUUCUAUGAAGAGACAAUUGUGACAAAAAAUGGACGAAAAAAAGCCAAGCUGAAAAGGAUUCACAAAAACCUAACAUCUCAGGGAAUUAUAAAGCUGGAGAUCCCUUGCAUCCAUGUAGAUUUCCCAGUUGUCCUCUGUGAAGCCUGAUGAUGUCUGAAGGGUGUCUCAGACUAGCCACUGUCAACUCCGUCCUGUGGCUUCCCCUACAGCUGAAAGCCUGAACCACCUUUUAAUAUAAUAUGAUCUCCUGAUAUAUUUGAUUCCCUUGUGUGGACAGGCUGAUGCAAUGUGAGUGAGCCCUGCAUGUGAUCUGUUUUGGCUUGUGUAAAGUUAGACAGAAUAGAUCACCAAUGGAGAUCUAGAAGGAUGCCAAGUUGGCAGAACCUACUCAGUUUACAGAACAUGGUUUGUCUGCAUGUAAGUGUGAAUGUGUGUGCAGACACGGGAUGACAUGGGAAGGAGUCCUGAAUUUAUUGCUGCAGAUUGUUUUCUGGUAUGAUUCAACAAACUCUAGGAUUUUGAGCAGAAGGCAACCAGUUCUUCCCUGUGUCACGGUCAUAUCUGGAGCGGGAAAGUUCAAGUGCACACUUUGUUUUUUGACACCAUCAUGACUUGCUUUAUUAUGCAUGGAACAGGAUCUGCUUGGUAAUAGCCUAGGGAGUUGACAAUCAGUGGCCCACAAAAUCUCAAGUGGAUUUAUGUCAUUAUAACGCUGGAUGGACUGGCUUCAAUGACCUCAGAGCCACACAUGUACACAGCAGCAGUGAGUCUAGUAAGAAAUCCUGUUGGUUUGUUUGCUGCUUUGGCAUAAUAUGUUUCACUUUUAAUUUAUUAUAACUGUUUUUUAAUUACAAUAUCAAAUGCUCAACUGUGUCAUUGUCCUUUUUAAUAUUUAUACAUUAUAAGACUAUAAGGUAAUUUACUUUCUCACAAACUGUCAAGAUAAGAGGAAAGAAAAUCCAUAGAAACAGUUAGUAGUCAUUGCCUUUCAAAACUAUUGGAGGGCAUCAAGUUCUACAACUGAAAAUGUACAUCUGCUCUGUGUUUAAUUGGAUGAUUUUAAUUUAAUAAAAUAAUAAAACUGAGGCUCCCAUACCAUACGACAGCCUGUAAUGACUUGACCUGACAACCAUACUGAGGUCUGGUAAGUUAGACCUGUGUGUUUGGAAAUGUAAUAAUACAGUCUAAAUUAGUUUAAAGGGACUUCAAUCCUGAGAAACCAAAUCCUUCUGAGUGAAACUAAAAUGUUGAGAAAAUAAAGAAAGUUACAGGAGGAUAUCUACUUUAAUGAGCAUCAUAUGAGGCUUUAUAGUAUAUAUUGCUUUAUAAACUUUAUUUGGCAAGCUUGUAAGGGUCAUGUGACAAAUAAUCAACAGAUGGAGAAUUCAGCUUUUUUGCAACAUGUUGUAAAUACUAAAUAACUGACCAGACCUUUCCAACAAUGUGGUGGAAAUAAGGCUCCUGACCUCCACCCAUGAUACAAUUAGCCACCUGCAUAGGAAAUUGCAAAGGCAAACCAUUGUUGGGAGUGUGUGUAUGCAUGUGUGCCAGGGCUGGACGUAAGAGAGAAGUGUUCAUGAGAAAGGAUUUUCUACAAAGCUGUCUGAUAUUGUUCUUCUCAAAGGAUAAAGAUGGCUAUGCCAAAAUCCACUACA